GUUUCCACAUCGAUGGCGCUAGGGUUAGGGGUUCAAGCGAUCUCGAUUGCUUCUACGUCGCUGGUGGAGGAGAAGCGAGGAUCAGCGAUUCCGGAGCGCCAGUGCGAGCGCGUAGCAUUCGCGAGAAGAAUCUCUCCGCAUGAACUUUUGCAGCUAUGCUCGUCAAGAGAAAGGGAGAAUGCCGUGGGAGUGAGGUUUAGAAGGAGAAAGAGAAAUGUGAUUGCCGCGGGAGCGCCAGCGCCUCCGCCUCCAUCGCAGAUAGAUCGGCCUUUGGUGGGUAGCAUGGCACCAAACUUUGAAGCCGAGGCUGUCCAUCACCAAGAGUUUAUCAAGGUCAAGCUUUCCAAUUACAUUGGAAAGAAGUUCGUUGUUCUUUUCUUCUACCCCCUCAAUUUCACCUUCGUUUGCCCGACAGAGCUAACAGCGUUCAGCGAUCGGUACGGUGAGUUUCAAAAGCUCGACACUGAGGUGCUCGCAGUAUCAUCCGACAGUGUAUUCUCUCACCUAGCGUGGAUCCAAACUGACCGGAAGUCUGGGGGACUUGGGGAACUCAAUUACCCAGUUGUUUCGGAUCUGACCAAGGCAAUCACCAAAGCCUAUCGCGUGUUGCUACCCGACCAGGGUAUUUCCUUGAGAGGAUUGUUUAUAAUCGACAAGGAAGGCAUCGUUCAGCAUGCUACAAUCAACAAUCUUGCUGUUGGACGCAACGUUGACGAGGCCCUCAGGCUUGUCCAGGCCGUCCAAUACGUGAAAGUGCAUCCGGACGAGCUAUGUCCAGCGGGCUGGCAGCCUGGGGAGCACGGGAUUAAACCAGAUCCAAAGCACUUUGCUGCUGUCUAAAGCCGGGUUUCUUUCUUCCUUUUGGCUCUCGCAACACCAGAUUUGUCGUGCGUGCCGUGCUGAAUAGAAAAGCAUCAAGUGGAGAAGGCUCACGUUGCAAAAGUUGGAAAGGCUGCUGGAUGCGAUAGUACGUCUUUUUUUCUCCUCCUGCAUUCUUUUUGUUCCAAGUUUUUGUCGGAGUGAGGAGCUUCCCUUUGUUCUUUCUAUGAGAGAGAAAUUGUGCAAGCAAAGAAAUCCAAGAGAAUGAUCAA